ACAUGCGGUGUUGAAUUGACGCUCUGCUCUGCGCUCUAUUGCUUCAGCCUAAUCAAAGAUGGUAGAGUAUGUUUAAGAGCAUUAACCGGGCGGCCCAGUGUAGCAGAUAUCUCCAGUCAGCAGGACACGGCUUCACCCUUAACCAACGAGAUUACAGGCUGGUGUCAUCCUUGCCACUCAGAAUGACCGACCCGGCUGUGAAGAGGGUGGUUGGGGAAAUUAUUCGCUCCCCAGAAGACAAACGUGUCUACAGGGGUUUGGAGUUCACCAAUGGCCUGAAGGCCAUGCUCGUCAGUGACCCAACAACAGACAAAUCCUCAGCUGCUUUGGAUGUCCAGAUAGGUUCAUUAUCGGACCCAGGGAACAUCUCGGGCCUGGCGCACUUCUGUGAGCACAUGCUGUUCCUGGGAACAAAGAAGUACCCCAAGGAGAAUGAGUACAGCCAGUUCCUCAGCGAGCACGCAGGCAGCUCCAAUGCCUUCACCAGUGGAGAGCACACCAACUAUUACUUUGACGUGUCCCAUGAGCACUUGGAAGGAGCCCUAGAUAGGUUUGCCCAAUUCUUCCUGUGCCCACUGUUUGAUGAGAGCUGUAAGGACCGGGAGGUGAAUGCUGUGGACUCUGAGCAUGAGAAGAACCUGAUGAAUGAUGCCUGGAGGCUGUUCCAGUUAGAGAAGGCCACUGGCAACCCUAACCACCCCUUCAGUAAAUUUGGAACAGGUAACAAAUUGACCCUUGAGACCAGGCCGUCUAAAGAUGGGAUUGACAUUCGUCAGGAGCUCCUGAAAUUUCAUUCUACAUAUUAUUCAUCUAACCUCAUGGGACUGUGUGUGUUAGGAAGAGAGACAUUAGAUGAGUUGACCACAAUGGUGGUUAAGCUAUUUGGAGAAGUGGAGAACAAGAACGUACCCAUCCCAGAAUUCCCUGAGCACCCCUUCCAGGAAGAGCACCUCAAACAAUUCUACAGUAUUGUACCUAUUAAAGACAUCAGGAACCUGUAUGUGACUUUCCCCAUCCCGGACCUACAGAAGUACUACAAAUCUAACCCAGGACAUUAUCUGGGACAUCUGAUUGGUCAUGAAGGACCCGGAAGUUUGUUAUCUGAGCUAAAAUCCAAAGGCUGGGUGAACACACUUGUUGGAGGGCAAAAAGAAGGAGCCAGAGGAUUCAUGUUCUUCAUCAUCAAUGUGGACUUGACUGAGGAGGGCCUCUUGCACGUUGAGGACAUCAUCUUCCACAUGUUCCAGUACAUCCAGAAACUGCGCACUGAGGGCCCUCAGGAGUGGGUGUUUGAGGAGUGCAAGGAUUUAAACAAAGUGGCCUUCAGGUUCAAGGACAAGGAGCGACCCCGUGGCUACACAUCCAAAGUGGCUGGUCUUGUACACUACUACCCUCUUGAAGAGAUUCUAGCAGCAGAGUACCUUUUGGAGGACUUCAGGCCAGAUCUGAUCCAGAUGGUGCUGGAUAAACUGAGACCAGAGCAUGUCAGAGUUGCAGUGGUGUCAAAGUCAUUUGAAGGGCAAACAAACAAGACAGAAGAGUGGUAUGGUACGCAGUACAAACAGGAGGCCAUCUCUGAAGAGUCCCUUGAGAAAUGGGCAAAUGCUGACUUCAACGGCAAGUUCAAACUGCCCAUGAAAAACGAGUUCAUCCCAACCAACUUCGAGAUCUACCCUCUGGAGAAAGACUCUCCUCCAGUCCCCACUUUAAUCAAGGAUACUGCUAUGAGCAAAGUGUGGUUCAAGCAGGAUGACAAGUUCUUCCUUCCCAAGGCGUGUCUGAACUUUGAGUUCUUCAGCCCGUUUGCGUAUGUGGACCCAUUGCAUUGUAACAUGGCAUAUUUAUACCUUGAGCUCCUCAAGGACUCCCUCAACGAGUAUGCAUAUGCAGCCGAGCUAGCUGGCUUGAACUAUGACCUCCAAAAUACCGUCUAUGGGAUGUAUCUCUCUGUUAAAGGUUACAGUGACAAACAGAACAUCCUGCUGAAGAAGAUCAUUGAGAAGAUGGCCACCUUUGAGAUCGAUGAGAAGCGCUUUGACAUCAUCAAAGAAGCGUACAUGAGGUCUUUGAAUAACUUCAGAGCCGAGCAGCCUCACCAGCACGCCAUGUACUACCUCCGUCUACUAAUGACCGAGGUUGCUUGGACCAAAGACGAGCUCAGAGAGGCUCUGGAUGAUGUAACUCUCCCACGCCUCAAGGCCUUCAUACCUCAGCUAUUGUCACGGUUACAUAUUGAAGCCCUUCUCCAUGGCAACAUCACCAAGGAGUCUGCUCUUGGCAUGAUGCAGAUGGUGGAGGACACGCUCAUUGAGCAUGCUCACACAAAGCCCCUCCUCCCGAGCCAGCUGAUUCGCUACAGAGAGGUGCAGGUUCCAGACGGUGGCUGGUAUGUUUACCAGCAGAGGAACGAGGUGCACAACAAUUGCGGCAUUGAGAUCUACUAUCAGACAGACAUGCAGAGCACCAACGACAACAUGCUGCUGGAGCUGUUCUGCCAGAUCAUCUCUGAGCCCUGCUUCAACACACUGAGAACCAAAGAACAGCUGGGCUACAUUGUGUUCAGCGGGCCUCGACGGGCUAACGGAGUGCAAGGCCUGCGCUUCAUCAUCCAGUCGGAGAAGGCGCCCCACUACCUGGAGAGCCGCGUUGAGGCUUUCCUCUGCACCAUGGAGAAGGCUGUGGAGGAGAUGGCUGAUGAAGCCUUCCAGAAACACAUCCAGGCUCUCGCCAUCCGCCGCCUGGAUAAGCCCAAGAAGCUGUCGGCUGAGUGCGCCAAGUACUGGGGAGAGAUCAUCUCUCAGCAGUAUAAUUUUGACAGAGAUAACACUGAAGUGUCCUAUCUGAAGACUUUGACAAAAGAAAACGUAAUGCACUUCUACAGAGAACGACUGACAGUCGAAGCCCCGAAGAGACACAAGGUGUCCGUGCACGUCCUGUCCAGAGAGAUGGACUCCUGUCCAAUAGUGGGAGAGUUCCCCGCUCAGAAUGAUGUCAACCUGGCUCCUGCUCCUUCCCUGCCACAGCCCACGCUGGUUGAGAACAUGACCGAGUUCAAGAGGAGCCUGCCUCUCUUCCCCCUGGUCAAGCCUCACAUCAACUUCAUGGCUGCCAAACUGUGAGCGAGGCCGGCAGGUCGACACGCAGCAGCACGGAGGCGCCGGGGAGGUCGACCGCGAGGGACUCUGCUCUGUUUCCUGCUCUGUUCCCCACCUACACUCUCCCCUUCCCUACCCGCCUCCCGUCAGGAAGACUCUCAUCUGACUGAGCCUGCGUGUAUGAGAGAGAGAGAGAGAGUGUUUGUAUGUGUGUGUGUGUGUGUGUGUGUGUAUGUAUGUAUGUCUGUGUGUGUGUUUGCCUGGGUGCAUGUGAAUGCGUAUGUGUGCACGUGUGGCAGGCUGGAGCCACUAGAAGAGAUGCUUGGAAACAAAUGCGUGUAUUUGAAUCACAAAGUUAGCCGUGGUCGUCAACAUAGCUGUGAUAACGAUAGAGGUCACACCAGACUCACCUCCAUGUUGUAAGUCUCUAAAAGGAGACGCAACACUCACACGCAUCACAAUACCAGUGCAGGAUGUUGUAGAGGAAAUAGGAACAACAAAAAAAGACAAGGGCCAGAUCCCUUUUAAACGAGUUCAAGUAUACCGCAGAACCGUAGGAGGCGUUUUAUUUGAAUUAUUCAGACAUGCUGCUUUGAGAAUGGAUAGCUGGUUUAUUGUGAUGAACUUUGGGGCGGUAGAAGUUAAAGAUAGUAGCUCCAUGAGGGUCUUCGCUUUUAUUAUAGUUGGACUGGUAUGUUUGCCACGUAACUCUCCGAGGCACCGCAGCUCUCUUGAAAACGUUAGCGCAAUAGAUGCUUGGUCAAACGGAAUAUUUAAUUCAAAUUGAUGCAUUUUCUGAAGAAUAUACAUAAUAAUUUUGGUUUUUAAUCCUUUUUGGUUUUGAAAUGUUGUUGCUUGUAAACUGGUAAAAUGUUGGGACCCUUUGAGGAGCUGUUUGAAAUUGCUAAUCACAGAGAGCAUGCCCAUUUUAAUUUUAUUUUUAUUGCAUUUUUACAGUAGUAUGUAAUUCAGACACCUCAGGGGUACCUCUAUGCUGUUUUUUUAACAUUAAAUUUUACUAGCGAUUAAAAAUAAGAACACUUUUUAUCUUGUCAUUAGUGCAUCAGUAGGCUACUUUGUUCACAUCACUAAAUGUGAUCAAAUCCUUGAAUUGGUAUUCUCCAAGUUAUUUUUGUAAAACUGGGGAAAUAACGGCAACAAUAUUUUUUUUUUCAUUUUGAUUUUGCUCCAGGGAGAUUGUCGUUAUUCUUGCACUCUGUGUCUGCAUGUGAGACUUUCUGCAGCUUGUGCCUUUCCAGGGUGGGGGGGCAUUAGUUAGUUUGUAUCUGGCUGCACUGAGCUGCUCCUGGUUGAUCCUGGGCCGAAUCCUGGAGGAAAUAACUCCCCGAAAUUGCUGGACUGUGCUCUGGCUCUUACAGCAGAGAUGUCAACAAAAAAAAAAAAAAGCAGCGAGCCUUUUUCUCUGAAUGUCUGAAAAGGGGGUUAAAGAAAAGCUUUUUUUUUCUGAAUAUAUGCACUUCUCUCACUAAGCAAUAAUAAUAAUAACGUGGACACUGGGAACAGUGUGAGGCAGAGUGAGCUGUGGCUCUGCACUGCUGAGUAGCUACAGCAGCUGGAUCCACACUGAGCCCGAGCUCCAGCCUAAAACCGCGAACAGGACUGUGUCCGUUCUGAGCGGCCGGCGGUGUACGGAUAGCGAUGUCUGUGCCACACAAGCAUGACCUGCUCUCUCAGGUGCUAACCAGCUUUGCUGUGUCAAACCACUGCUGGUGGAGCUGCCAACCAACUUUGUUCAAACAGCCAAAAAAAAAUCGGAUUUAUGAUUUAAAUUUUUCCCACCGUACGUGCUCUCAGGCCUAGUUCAUUGCUCGCUCAUAUGAUGCUGCAGUUUUUAAAGAAUGAUUUUGGGGGAAGAAAGUUGUAAGGGAGUACUUGUAUGAUUGCGCCGUAUAUCAAAAGCUUCUUCAAUGUUUUCCAGCAUUUUGCUACGUCUCAACCCGAUCAAAACCAUUUCAAUUAUUUUAAGGAACAAAUGAUUAUUAACUUCGCUGCUUUGUUAAAUUUUCCAUUUGUGGUCAAAACCCAAAGACAACCAGCAGUAGCAGCAAACUGAAGGUAUACUUAGGUAAGGAUGGUGAUAAAAGCUGUUUUCACGCAGCGUUCGGAAGAAACAAGCAACAUUACAUAUCAGGCUUGGGUGGGCCAUGCACUGUUUACCUUGUGAAGUACCUAGUGACUGGUUUACGUUUAGAAAAUCAGAAGCAUAUUUUAUUUUCUGUAUGUCUUUGGCAACUCAAGAGACUGAUUGGCUGGCGAUACAAAGAGUGCUGACAUUUUGAGUUUGUUCUUUUUAUUGUCUCCUGUGUGUUUCUAAUUAAUAAACUACUGAAUGGA